UUACCAGGUGCUGACGCAGUGCCCUGCCCCUAAGAUAUAAGGGGUUUGAAAAUUGGGUUUGCAGCCCAGUCGGGUGCAUGGUGGCAGGGCUGGGAAGCGGCUGAGGCUGUGUCAGCUCCAAAGCUCUUCCCAAAGCUUCCAAAGCUCUUCUUGUGAAGCUAAACUGCAUUUGCUGGAUCCAGCACGGUAACGGCAGUAACAGCAGCUAAAUUUGGGGGUGGCUUGGCUGACUUGGAGGGACCCAUCCCUGGCGAGGACACCAUGCUGACCGACACAGAGCCCUCUAACACCAUCAAACUGCUGCACCUGGUUUUCCUAUCCACCUCCUGGGGAAUGCAGAUCUGGGUGACCUUCGUGUCUGGGUUCGUGAUGGGCAGCUGCCUCCCUCGCCACACCUACGGCUUCAUCCAGCGUGAGCUCUUCCCCUACUACUGCCACAUCAGCUCCGCUUGUGCCUUCCUCAACCUGACUCUAUUUGCCAUGUACCACCCCAGCGAGCUGCUCAGCGACGAGCAAACGACCCAGAUCAUCGUCUUCUUUGUUUGCGUCGCUGCUUCUGUGCUGAACACACAGUGGUUCGGGCAGGUCACCUCCGACAUCGUGGCAGACAUGCACCUCGUCGAGCGCAGCCACGGCCUCGGCCAGGAGGUCGGACUGUUUACCAGCAAGUCCUGCAGGCGGCUGCGUGCCUCCAACCCCAGCUACAGGCAGCUAUCCCGGCAGCUCACCCUCUACCGCGCUCUGUCCUCCCUCUGCAACCUCUGCUGCGUCGCCUGUAACGGCUUGAGCUUGUACUACCUGGCUGCCCAUCUCUCUGCCCUGUGAGAGCAGGACACCGCGAGGCGAAGGCUGGCUGGCCAGAACCAACGCUCUGGGAAAAGGGAGCCAUCCCGCUGCCUCGUUGUAAAGUAACCCUAAGCUUUGGAGAUUAAAUUUCAGCAUCCUCAGAUGGA